AUACGAAUUCGUCCAAAUUCUUUAGGAGUUGGAUUCUGGAAUUCUACAUGUCUUUGAUCUUAAACCAAUUCCUUACCUUUAUUGUAUCUUGAUCAGAAUUUCAAAAUCAUUAUGGAAGACGACGUCCAACACAAGCUGUGCGGUUACCUCUGUGCUGUCGUUGCAUUCCCGCCGGACACCGGUAUCCCUCCCGGCUCGGUUUGCCACCUCGCCGGCGUCCCUCCAAACGUACACUUAGUCGCCCAGGACGGCGCCCGCUUGAACCCCAUCUCCAAAGCAACGCCAUCCUCGAAGAAGAGGUGGAGCAGAAUUGGGAUGGUCCACGGAUCCAUUAGCGUGGUCCACCAACUGAAUGCCCUCGUGGCUCACAAGUGCUUGAGAAUUGCGGCCCGAAUCGUGAAUGCCUCUCAGGCGAAGUGUGGGGAAAUUAGGGGCGUGGUGUUGGUGGAUGUGUACCUGCCCAUUGGGUUGUGGUCUGGGUGGCAGUUCCCGCGCUCGUGUUCCACGGCCGUGGCCCUUUUCAAACACUUGAGCUGUGACUGGGAAGCUAGAAGCUUGAUGCUUACAUCUCAGAGCGUGGAUAGUGGUGCCAUUUGGAAUGUACCAGACUGUCAUGUCCUUGGCUGUAUGCUGCAUUGUAGUGCACCCGACAAUUUGAAGAAAAGAAAGCUUUUCGAAAUCCAGGAAAUUUUCGAGAGUUUACCCUGCGUGAUAAAGAAAGUAGAUUGUGAUGGAGGAACAGGAGUAAAACCUGCAGAAUUAUCCGACGAGUCUGGUAUCUGGGUUCUGUCAGAUGAUCUUUUGAUUAAUAUUUUGAAUACGCUAAGCCCAGUCGACCUUGUUAAGAUAUCUCUAACAUGCCAUCAUCUAAGGUACUUGGCAGCAUCAAUCAUGCCAUGUAUGAAACUUAAGUUGUAUCCUCAUCAGCAGGCUGCAGUUGAGUGGAUGUUACAGCGUGAAAGGGAUCCUAAAGUCUUCAAACAUCCUCUGUAUAUGGAUUUCAAUACCAUUGAUAAGUUUGAAUUUAAUAUGAAUAUGGUUUCUGGUGAAAUUGCCCCUGGUUUAGCUUCUACCAUUAGGGACUUCCGUGGGGGAAUGUUCUGUGAUGAACCUGGAUUAGGUAAGACUAUUACUGCCCUAUCACUUGUUCUGAAGACACAAGGAACUAUUGCAGAACCCCCAGAUACAGUACAGGUGAUCUGGUGCAUGCAUGAUGGGAAUCGUAGGUGUGGCUAUUAUGAAAUCAGUGCUGACAAUAUAACCGGGAUUAAUUUUUCAAAUACUGACACACCUGUGGUGAAGAAAGCUCGAAGGGGAAGAUUAUCUUUAGAUGAACUCACCCCAGACGCGGAGCAAAAGCUAGAAUCCAUUGUUUUACGUUCUGAUAAACGAAUGAAAAUGCACACACCUACAAGCUCAACAACAAGUGUCAGUGGGACGGGUAGCAGGGGAUUGACUAGUGCUAAAAGAAAUCUUUUGGACCCGUCUUUCACUACUUCUGAGAAAUGCUCUAAAAAAGGGAAGCUAGCUAAUAAAGGCCGAAAAAAGAGAUUUUUGGGCAACCAAGUUGCUUCACCACGUGGUAUAUCGUUCACUAGAAGUCAGGAUCAGGAGAUGGUGACAUAUGAUGCAGAGUGUAAUGAAACUUGGGUUCAGUGUGAUGCUUGUAGCAAGUGGCGGAAGCUCACAAAUGGACUUGUCGCCAAUGCUUCUACAGUGUGGUUUUGUAGCAUGAAUAGUGACCCAUCAUACCAAAGUUGUGAUGUUCCUGAAGAAUCCUGGGAUUGUAAAGGAUUUAUUACAUACCUACCUGGAUUUUGUACCAAAGGAUCCUCUGGUGGCCAGGAAGAAAAUAUAUCCUUUUUUACUGGUGUUUUAAAGGAACACCAUACCUUGAUGAAUUCGGAGACAAGGAAAGCAUUGACUUGGCUAGCUAAACUUUCACCAGAUAAACUUGCUGAAAUGGAAACAACUGGUUUAGUGAGCCCAACUGUGGGCACGUCCCUGUUUGAUAGUAGGGUUUCUCGCGAUUAUCACAAAAUAUUCCGAGCAUUUGGCCUUGUAAAAAGAGUUGAAAAGGGUGCUUUGAAGUGGUUCUAUCCAAAAGGUCUUAGGGACCUUUGUUUUGAUUUGGAUUCCCUUAGGAUUGCUCUCUGCGAGCCAUUAGAUUCCGUUAGGUUAUAUUUGUCAAGUGCAACUUUGAUUAUUGUCCCCUCAAAUUUAGUUGAGCAUUGGAGAACUCAGAUUGAGAGGCAUGUCAGGCCAGGUCAGUUGAGAGUCUAUAUAUGGGGUGAUCAAAAGAAUAAACCUUCUGUCCACAAUUUGGCUUGGAAUUACGAUGUCGUAAUUACUACCUUCAGCCGAUUGAGUGCUGAGUGGAGUCCCCGUAAAAAAAGUGUCCUAAUGCAGGUUCACUGGCUUAGAGUCAUGUUGGACGAGGGGCACACUCUUGGCUCAAGUCUCAAUUUGACAAACAAAUUGCAAAUGGCGGUGUCGUUUACUGCCACUAGUCGCUGGUUGUUGACGGGUACUCCAACUCCCAACACUCCUAACAGCCAGCUGUCAUAUCUCCAACCAAUGCUGAAGUUUCUCAAGGAAGAGACAUAUGGGCUGCAUCAUAAAUCUUGGGAAGCAGGUAUCAUCAGGCCAUUUGAGGCAGAAAUGGAGGAGGGGAGGUCUCGUUUGCUGCAGUUGCUUAACAGGUGCAUGAUCAGUGCAAGGAAGAAAGAUCUAAAGGCAAUCCCACCUUGCAUAAAAAGAGUAACUUUUGUGGAUUUCUCCGAACAACACGCAAAAAGUUACAAUGAAUUGGUAGAAACAGUUCGGCGGAAUAUUUUAAUGGCGGACUGGAAUGAUCCAUCUCAUGUUGAGAGUUUAUUGAACCCAAAACAGUGGAAAUUUCGGGCUACAACAAUAAAAAAUGUGAGGUUAUCCUGUUGCGUGGCUGGACAUGUCAGAGUAGUGGAUGCUGGCCAAGAUAUUCAAGAAACUAUGGAUAUACUAGUAGAAAAAGGUCUGGAUCCUACGUCACAGGAAUAUGCUUUAAUAAAGUACAAUCUCUCAUAUGGUGGCAAUUGCAUGAGGUGCAGUGAAUGGUGCCGUUUACCCGUGAUUACACCUUGUAGGCAUCUUUUAUGCCUUGUUUGUGUUGCUUUAGACAGUGAAAGGUGUCCAUUUCCUGGUUGUGGUAGCACAUAUGAAAUGCAGAGUCCACAAGAGUUGGCGCGUCCAGAGAAUCCUAGUCCCAAGUGGCCAGUGCCAAAGGAUCUCAUUGAGCUACAACCUUCAUAUAAACAGGAUGACUGGAAUCCUGAUUGGCAGUCAACAUCUAGCAGCAAAGUUACAUAUUUAGUUGGGGAGUUAAAGCAAUUUCAAGAAACUAAUAUGAGGAUGAUUGGAUACCCCAUUGGCAGUAGUGAGGCUAUGUCUAGCCUGUUGAAUUUAUCCUCCGACAGUAGAAUUUAUCCUCCGGAGAAAGUUAUUGUUUUUUCUCAGUUUCUGGAGCAUAUACACAUCAUUGAACAACAGUUAAGCCUUGCAGGAAUUCAGUUUGUUGGAAUGUACAGUCCAAUGCUCACUAACGUUAAGAUGAAAUCAUUAACAACUUUCCAGCAUGAUGCAAAUUGUAUGGUUCUGUUGAUGGAUGGAAAUGCAGCUCUUGGUCUCGAUUUGAGCUUUGUGACUCAUGUCUAUCUGAUGGAACCUAUAUGGGAUAAAAGCGUGGAGGAGCAGGUUAUUAGUCGUGCUCAUCGAAUGGGUGCUUCACGUCCUAUUCAUGUGGAAACUUUAGCAAUGAGUGGCACAAUUGAAGAGCAGAUGAUGAAAUUUUUACAGGAUGGCAAUGAAUGUCGAAGGCUUCUGAAGGACGAGUCCGGUAUAAAUGAGCUUGAAGGAGCACGAUUUUUUCGGACAUUACAUGAUUUUGCUGAGAGCAAUUAUCUGGCUCAUCUAAGAUUUGUGCCAACUACUUCAAAGGCUUAAAAGGUGCAUGUAUCAAACUCUACCUUUAAUUUCUCGCUUGCUUUUUUCUAUACUUCGAUUCAGGAUUACUUUUUGCAGAUUCUUUCAUUUCAUUACUAACCAACUUUUGUGCUCUUCUCAUAUGCAGAUAUAUCUGACCAUUUUGUUUCACCAAUCGCGAGACUGAUUCUUCGUUAGUUGUGUAUGGUAGUGGGGCAUUUCAAUAAUUUAGAAUGUGAUUAAUAUUUCGUGUACAGUGUACUCCGUAGAAAUAGUA